AUGUUCACGGGCGACGAAGAGCUUGGAAAGAAAGACGAUGACCAUAGGCCGCACACCAACAAUGCUCCAUCAUCAUCAUCGUCAUCAUCAUCAUGGUCUGCCCGAAAGACUUCGCCGGUAUUCCGAAGGAGGAGGAUCAUUUACGGCAUCUGCGCUCUCCUCUUUAUCUAUGUCUUCGUCAAAAACAUUCCAGACGAUCUGGGGCCAAGUACACGAGAUUUCAAUCCCGGGGCCAUUCACGUUGGCAAGCUCCCUGAAGGAACGGUAGACCCACCAGCCAAAAAGCCAAAACGUCCUGCAACACCAUCCGAGGCAGAGGAACAUUAUCACGAUGGACCCAUCAAAUUCUACAAGCUGGCUUCAUCGCUGCAUUCCGUUGCGCGACUAGGCGGUCAACAUGAAUUCAAUAAAAAUGUUUUAUUCGCUGCGGCGAGCUUGAAAAGCGCUUCCGAGAUCAUACCACUGGCCUGCGAGAUGGCUCGAUGGGAGAGGAAUGACGUCCACUUCGCCAUCAUGGGCAGAGAUGACAUGGAGAUACAAGAGAUCAAGAGCCUCAACGGGGCUGUCGAUGAUUGCAAUGUUCAUUGGCAUGACGCUCGUCCGGAUUACUCUCGUUGGAGUUCAGAAUUUCGUAUGGAGGUUAGCGUGGAAGCGAGUAUGGACCAUAUUCAGACCUUCGUACAUCCUCAAGUUAUCGUUAUCGACAAUCCAAGCAGGGAAGAUACUUUCUUCGUAACGACGUUGAGGAGCAAGGCCAUGGAUAUCGGCAAGUCAAUUAUAGAACUGCCAUCGGACGCAACGGAGAAUAUGAUGUGGAUUACACGGCUUGAUAGCGGAUCACUUGCAGCGUGGUCCACGACCUACAUCGACUUGCUCAUCCAGGCACCAUCAGGCUCGUCGGGAUCCCUUGUCCGCCUCCUGAAAUCUAUCGAAAGCGCAGACUAUCUUGGCACGCGACGGCCGCAUUUGACAAUCGAGCUUCCUGCGGAGAUUGACGCUGCCACUUGGAGAUAUCUCGAGAACUUUGUAUGGCCACCGGUGGACUCUUCAGGAGCAUCGCACGCUUCACAAGUUUCACUUCGACACCGUAUACCUCGUCGGACCUUGACAGAAUAUGAGGCUUCUGCACGUUUGAUUGAGUCAUUCUAUCCAGUGAGGACGAAAGAUUCCCAUGUCCUGUUACUGUCUCCUCAAAUCGAGCUUUCGCCCUUGUAUUAUCAUUAUCUCAUAUACCAUCUACUUGAGUACAAAUACUCCGCCCACGGUAAGGAAACCAAGAAUUCUCCACACCUCAUGGGUAUCAGCCUCGAACUCCCCACGCACUUUCUGAACGACAGCGAACCGCUCGUACCGCCCCUGAUGGAAAAACCGCCGUCCAAUCGCGAAGGUGGCUCACCAGGGGAACCUACACCAUUCCUCUGGCAAGCUCCCAACAGUAAUGCUGCUCUCUAUUUUGGCGACAAGUGGAUGGAAUUUCACUCUUUCCUCACCGCCCGCCUCUCCAAGCCACCUACAACCCGUACGAAAUUGGUCAGCAAGAAGCAUCCGUCCUGGCUAGAGUUUCUCCUCGAGCUGAUGUGUGCACGCCGUUACUCACUCCUCUACCCCACCAUCUCUAUCGACGGCGAAGCAAUUGCCACCGUGCACGAUGAACUCUACCAAGUCCCCGAAGAAUUCCCCAGAGAACCUUCUACUCCCGCCUCCGUACCCGAGCUCAAUCCCGACGAACCUCUAUCUUUGGUCUACGAAAAAAAGGACCGUCCCCCACCCAACACUGAACAUUCUCUCUCGUCAUCUACCCUGCUCUCAAUCCUCCCAAAUUCCGGCGAUCUCCCUGAAAUCCCCAACCUGCCCCUUCUGGCUUUCGACGGCCUGACUCUUACCCAGAACCAGGCCAAUGACGACGCGUGGACGUUCACGGAGGCGUAUCGCCGCGACAUCGGCGGCUGUAAAGUUGAGGCGGAAAUCACGAAACGCGAGCCUAACAGCGCGCUUGACCUUUUCUGUCACCUUGACCAAGUGUACGAUCCCAUGAACGUCGGAGUGCAACCUCCUAAGAAAACCCGUCGUGGAGGUGCUCAGAGAAAGCCUGAGGUAGAUGAGGAUAUCAUACCGGCAGAACAGAAGGAAAGUGCGAAAAUGGAAGCCUCUGAGCACUUGGCAAGACAGGCUGGCAAAGACACAGCCAGCCGGCCCAAAAUCAAGGGUGACGACGGCGAAGAGACGCAGAAUGAGUUUCACGCUCAGAUGGAAAGGCAGAAAAAGCAAGCUGAGCCUGGAGAGGAGAAGGUCGCAGAGGAUGAUGGCGAAGAAGAGGGAGCUGAGGUCAAGAAGCAGGAGCCGAAGAAACCAGCGGAAGAUCCGAAACCGAAGACCGCGCCAGAGAAGGGGCCCGGUUGGUAA